AUUCGGAUUUGUGGGAUUAGGAAAGCAAACAUUCAACAGCGAUGUAAGAUAGCCAGUAUAUCUAUAUAAAUACAGCUGACAGACAGAAAGUCUUCCAUUGUUUCUACGGAGAAGUAGUUUUAACUUCAAUGAUGGAUAGCCGAGCAAUAUUUUUUGCAGUUGUAAUACUAUCGAUUGUGAAACUUCCAACUCAUCUUGCAGCAAACGUAACUACGACUGCUACAACAGAUUCAAAGACAACACAAGCCGUUGUCAAGCUUAUGACGUCAGAAGCACCGACUACUUCCAACAAUUUGCCUGGGAAUCCAAAUUCAAGCACCAUCGGCCAAGUGACAAAAAGUACUGUUUCAACGCCUACAACACCAACGACACCUGCGCCGCUUAAUUGCAAAGUAGGUUCCUGCAGUGGGUCCGAUGAAUGUUUAAACGAUACAAAGACUGUCAAAUCGACGACCUGCAAAUCCAGAGAGAUUUGUGAGCUGGAUCUGAAAGAUAUAAAUGGAACAAUCAGUGAAUACAAGUUUUCCUGUGCUACCAGCUGCUCGGCACAGAAAGGAAAGGUUGCAUGCUGUAGUACAUCAAACUGCAUACUAGAUUUAAACAAUGGUGGAGACUUCGUUUCACGUUAUAACUUUGUAGCUAUGGUUUCUCUUAUAUUUGCAAGCCUACUGAUACUAUAGCUCGUAAAGAAAGACAAUCCAGAAUAACAGAACUAUAUAAAAAUACAUGGUUGUAAGCGUUAGUUAAAUUAUAGUUGCGGUAAAUAGAAGGUCAUAUGAAGCUGUCUUUGACAGAUGAAGAACCCUGAUGACAUUUCCCGUAAUUAUCUUAUCGGUGUUCCAUGUCUUGUAUUUACUGUAUUGAUAGUAUUAAAACGUAUAUGUUUUGAAAA